AUGAAGCUCAUUAGUGCUACCCUUGCAUUCCUGUUGGGCGCAGCUCCGACCCUAGCGGUCGUUGGUGGCCGUUGUUCAAACAACUGGGGCGAUGACUGCAUUUGCCUCGAUUAUAACGUAUGCCGCAAUAGAUGGGGCGGUAACCCCUACACCGGAACUCCUGGUAAUUGGCCUUGCCCUUCGGACCCCACAAACAUCAUGGCGUGUGUCGUCCGUGACUGCCCGGGCCAUGGCUCUGGCACUCAGUGUCUGUGGAGAGAAGGUUGCCGGUCCGUCAACUCCGAUCCCGUUUGUCCAGGUGGAAGAGAUUUUGUCUGCUGCAACCACAACUACCUUGAGGGCUAA